UGCUUGUGCCAUGCGCACUGGCGCUUGUUUUUGUGGAGGUGGAUGUUGUUAUGGCUGUGAUGGCUGAAACAGGCCCCGGAGUAAACUGAAAGGUCCCCGGCUAGACUGUCUCCAUUACGGGGCAACGUCACUCAUGGACGGCACGGACAUGGACGUGGAUGCAGAGCUGAUGCAGAAGUUCAGCUGCAUGGGCACCACGGAUAAGGAUGUCCUGAUCACGGAGUUUCAGAGGCUGCUGGGCUUCCAGCUCAACCCCGCCGGAUGCGCCUUCUUCCUGGACAUGACCAAUUGGAAUCUACAGGCUGCCAUUGGUGCAUACUAUGACUUUGAAAGUCCCAACAUAAUUACUCCAUCCAUGUCCUUUGUUGAAGAUGUGACAAUCGGAGAGGGAGAAUCAGUUCCCCCAGAUACACCCUUCACAAAGACCUGGAGGCUACAAAAUCCAGGUGCAGAGUCUUGGCCUCCUGGAGUCAGUCUCAAGUACAUAGGUGGGGAUCAAUUUGGACAUGUUAACACGGUUAUGGUCAAGUCUUUAGACCCCCAAGAAGUUACAGAUGUAAGUGUCCAAAUGAGGAGUCCCACAGCUCCUGGAAUGUACCAAGGCCAGUGGAGAAUGUGUACAGCAACAGGAUUAUUUUAUGGUGAUAUAAUUUGGGUAAUACUCACUGUAGAAAUUGGUGGUCUCCUUGGCGUGACUCAGCAACUGUCGUCCUUUGAGACUGAAUUCAACACCCAACCACAGCGCAGUGUUCAAGGAGACUUCAACCCUUUCGCUUCACCACAAAAGAAUAAGCAUGAUGCCACUGACAGCAGUUUCACAGACCCUGGAGGAACCUGGGAACACACAGGAGAUCAAAACAGACUGUCUCAUAAUGCUUUAAAUAGGGCAUCAAAUGGUCUUCAAACCAAUCUUUCUGUGAUGACAUUUGGACAGGGCAUUCAUGGACCCUAUCCAUUUGGACAGAGCUAGAAACACAAGGACCUCCCCUUCAACCGUGUAAAAAGCAUUGCAUCCUGGGAGUCCUCACACGCAGGAGUGAAGAGGGAGGAAUAGUUGUUUUCUAUUGACUCUUGCCAACCCUCUCCCUAAGCCAUGGCCCUUUCCACAGAAACACAACUAUUGUAAAGUGUUGGAUUACGUCUGCUUCAGUGUCAAUUUAACAUCCCAUAUGGCAUUAACACCUGGAUUUGCACGUGUGAAUGCUCCAUUUAAAACCCUUUACAAACAUGCACAUUCACAUGGAGACCAGCCAGCUUAGUUGAGGAACGUCUUAGUAACUCCCCAUUUUAUCAACCCGUUGGUCUGUGUCCAUCCAUGUGUGCAUUUCACAUUUGUUGGUGUAGUGAAGUUGCUUAUUGGAUCAAAAAUUCAUAAUAACUUCAACGAUUAAGCCACUGUUAAGGGGUGAAGGAUAUGACUUAUUUAUUUGUUUGCUUUGAAAUAUUCACAGACGCACAAAUUAGUGGUCAAAUUUCCAACCCUUCCUCUCCCGUGAUACACAGACUUGCUCCUCGUGUUCAAAUUCAAAGUAGUCCUUACUCCCAACUUUUCACAUGUAUGCUUUGCCGAGAGCAGGAGAAGAGCAUGAAAUGAGCUGAGGGUGCUGCUUAAAAAAAGGGCUUAAGAGUGUCCCAGCCCCACCCUUCAGCAUAAAUAUAAAACACGACCUUACAAAGAAAUGAGAAACCACAAAACGUGAAAUCAUUUGGUUCUUUAAGAAAACUAAAAACUAUUGAACUCUUAAGGCCUUAAACUCGAUUUGGUGUCUUUAAAUAAACAGCCUUAAGGAUGUGAUCAGGGACGGAGCUAGUGUUCCCCCAGUACACUCAUCAAAUAGACAAUUAUUUCAAAAUCAUGUCUUGGUUCAUUAAAUCUUGAUGAUCUUAUGUGUGCUGUCUCCCCUGCAAGGGGACUUACAGAAAUACAUAGCUACUGACUAGAGUAGCUAUGCAUAAAGAUGUACUAUCCUAAUGAGAGGUCCGCCACUGGCUUGUCUCUAUGUUAAUGCUUUGCUUGGAAUGUUCCAAACCACAGCAUUAAAAUUCAUCUUGUAUUAAAUUACAGAUACUGUGCUUAAAUUGUGCUUUAAAACAAUUCUCAGUAUAAGCAUGCUUGUCUCCAUGUAGAUAAGUUUAAUGCAAUACUGUGGGAUUUACAGGCAAAGCAAUAACAUGUCCAUGGAGAUAAGUAGAUAACUAACCCUCCUCCAAAAAAGUCUGAGAUGGAACUGUUGCAAAUGGAUAGUAAUAUGACAAUAUUCCUCAUUUUGGAGUUUGUCUGAUGACUGUAGGACCUGAGUCUCUGUAAACUAGAUCAUCUGUGAACCGUUAUAUAUCAGCUUUUUUUUAAAAAACAAACAAAACAAAAAAAACAACAUUUGUAAAAUUAUGUGUGUUUCUUGGGAAAGGGAUGACAAUUUUGAUUUACUUAACGAGAGCUUUAUGACCCAUGUACCUCUAAAAGUAUUGUUGAGGGAUUCUUCAUAGCUUACUACAUUGCCCUAGUGUUUGUGCACUGCAUACAAGUUUCCCAAUGACGGCCAGCAGGUGGUGCUAAAAUCAAAUGUCCCACACAAACUUUACUUGACAUCAUGCUGACUACUUUGUAAAAAUAAGAUUUGUCUGUCAAUUUGAGGUUGGAUGAGUAGCACUGAUGUUCUGUUACUGCUGUUUGCACAAUGCAGGUGUGGCUUCAAUGAGUAAAUGUGUUCAGUUUUGGCUGAUGGUGGAUUCUAUAAUACCAGCAUUUUGAAAGGCUGAAUGUGUAUUGACUCUAUCCAAAAGUCUAUUUUUACAGCUUUUUAUGUUAAUUUCAAACACUUGCUGUUUGCUGACCCCUGGGUUGUUGCAUUCUCAAUUCCACAGAUGGAUUUUAUUGUGUUUUAAGUUGAAAAUAAAACUGCAACAUGAUGAUUUUUAUUGUUUCAGAUCACAAUAUUGGCAACUUUUACAUAUGGAUAUAAUUGUAUUCUCAAUGCUGUGUUGAUAAAAGUAUUAUUCAUAUCCUCAAUACUAUUGUUAGGCAGCUCAUUGUGUGUCUUGUGCAUACUAUUCUGCACUUCCCCUUCAUUCAUGUCAGAUGUUUUUUUAUUUUUUAAUUUUUUUCUUUUUUUUUUUUUUUUUUUUUACUUGGCACAAGUGAGUUUGCUGGUUUGAGUGAGACUGUAAGAGCCACCAGAGUUGAGGAUUAUUUGAGUUGUAUGUUUUUGAUGUUAUGAAUAAAUUGAAAUUUAUUGGCGCCUGUGAUGAUGGCACAUUUAUCUAGAGAGAAAGACUUCCCUGUACCUGUGUAUGAUGAAUUAUUUGUACGAUUAAAUUAAGAUUGG